CGCACCACGCCUGUCUGCUCUCUAGUUACACUAUGGCGGCCCGGACUUGCGGAGGAGGACAACUUCUUACAGAUUCCUCCCAGAAAACUGUAGCAAGGCGACGGGUUUAAUCCCGAACCGCCUCGGGGGAGACACGACCGGGACUGAGGUAGACGACGGCUCGACGUGCGGCUCGAACCAGGCUUUUUGUCCGCCCCCACCCCCCGUCCUGGAUGCUUGUCGCGGCGGCUGUGAUGCGUGAGGAGCCGCAGCGGAGAAACUCCCCUGAUUUUUCCGCGUCUGCUUCUGCCCCCCGACUGUCAGUUAGCCGGCUAGCUGCGCGCUAACUCACCCGCUCCGCGCUAACGGUCGUAGUAGCCACUCACCACGGGGCUAUCGCGCGCGUUUCACCCGCCCGGGGAGACGGGGAUGGCAUUGCGCCUCCAGCCGGCCAUCGAACCGCUCGAGACGGGAGAGGAGAACGCGUUCGAGGACCCGGACGAUAAGUUUGUCAGCAGUCAUUAGCCUAGCCUAGCCUAGCCUAGCUCGCCUGGUACACCGCCAGGUAACUGUUGGCCGGCCGCUAGCGCUUCGCCUGUCCACUAGCGAGCUAGCCAAUUAGCAUUUCUGUGGAACCUGCUAAUCCCCGGUUCAUCCCGGCUCUGCGCCACCUGAUUCAGGCCGAGACUAAGCCAGUGUGUGCCCGUCGGCGAAGCGCUUAUUGACACGCUACUGUUUAAAAACAAGUGGUUGUGUUGACUGUUGAAAGUCCUUCGCUAGGUGUGUGUGUGUGUGUUUGUUAGCGGUCUUCUAGGUGUUCUCUAGGAGGGAGUGGUAACCGUCGGGUAGCUAGCUGAGAGCCCCUGGAUCAGGGUCCUGCCAGGCUGUACACGAGGACCACUCCACGGAUGACACUUCACUGACGUGUGCGAGCCGAUCCCCGUGCGGCUCGUCGAGGUGUGAGAGCUCCUCGUUAGCCUGCUGCAAGACGAGACUCGACCCAGCUCGAAAGCGCGCCCGACUCUGCCCCCCCUGCUACUGACAGACACCAGGGUUAGUUUACUGCACUGAUUGGGCUUUGGAGUCGGUAGCGUCCAUUAAGUGGUGGGAAGCUGCUGCUGCUGCUGUCUCUGGAGGGGGACCGCAGGUCCGAGUCCGUGGCGGCCCCACCGGCUUCCGUCUCCUGCCCCAGUGCUGGAGGAGUUUGAUGGACGUGGAAGGCUGUUUGCCAGACUGUCAGUGCUAUACUCAGUCAUGUAUGUCUUGACACAUGGCACCCUGGUCUGUACAUAGUGCCUGCUGCCGGAUUUAAGUGUCGUUAUGUAGCUUUGGUGGACAGUGAGUGAAGGGAAUGUCUUGUCUCUUUUAUACCUGUUGGUCUGUUUUUUAUUUUCACUUUUCCCAAACACACGCGAGCUUCGUUGCAAACCGUGGGAAAGCAGUACAGCCCGGCCCGUGCACAGGGGACAAUGUCUAUUAGCGAGUGCCUGGAAGCUUAAAGGACUAACAGCUCUGCCUACACACAGAGCCACGUAUAUUGUAGAUUAUUCUUUGGGGAUUGCAACACAAGCCUGCCACUCUGGAUCAAGAAAACGGGUCCCUCGUGUCCGGUUGGAGUAACACUCUCAAGCCAAAGUCAAUGCCUUCGGCGCUGGCCGUGUUCACCUGCCGACCCAACUCGCAUCCAUUCCAGGAGCGGCAUGUGUACCUGGAGGAGCCCGUCAAGAUCGGCAGGUCGGUGGCUCGGUGUCGACCGGCCCAGAACAAUGCCACCUUCGACUGCAAGGUGCUGUCCAGGAAUCAUGCCCUGGUGUGGUUCGACCACAAGACCGGCAAGUUCUACCUGCAGGACACGAAAAGCAGCAACGGGACAUUCAUCAACAGCCAGAGGUUGAGUCGUGGCUCAGAGGAGAGUCCAGCCUGCGAGGUCCUCUCUGGAGACAUCAUUCAGUUUGGUGUCGACGUCACUGAGAACACGCGCAAAGUCACCCAUGGCUGCAUCGUGUCAACAAUCAAGCUCUUCUUACCCGAUGGGAUGGAGGCACGCCGUCGAAGCGAUGUCAUCCAGGCUCCGUUACCACUUCCUGUAGACCAGAUUGCAGCCAACACUCCCAGUAUGUAUUCUCAGGAACUGUUCCAGCUCUCCCAGUAUCUGCAGGAGGCCUUACACAGAGAGCAGAUGUUGGAGCAGAAGCUCGCCACUUUGCAGCGUCUGCUCUCCUCAACUCAGGAGGCCUCAGAGAGCAGCUGGCAGGCACUGAUUGAUGAGGACCGUCUGCUCUCCAGACUGGAAGUGAUGGGCAGUCAGCUACAGGCCUACUCUAAGUCCCAGACGGAGGAGGGCAUCCGGAAGGAGCUCUUGGCUCUUCAGGAGGACAAACACAACUACGAGACGACAGCGAAGGAGUCUCUGAGGAGAGUCCUGCAGGAGAAGAUCGAAGUGGUCAGGAAGCUGUCAGAGGUUGAGCGUUCACUCAGUAACACGGAGGAUGAGUGCACCCACCUGAAGGAAAUGUCUGAGAGGAGCCAGGAGGAGCUGAGGGAGCUCGCCAACAAGUACAACGCUGCCGUCAAUGAGAUGAAAGAGCUCACAGACAAAAUCAAGGCGGCUGAGGGACGGCAGGAGGAGCUGACCCAGCGGGGGGCCACGGAGAAGAGGGAGUUGGAGCUACGGAUUGAGGAGAUGGAGGAGAAGGAGCAGGUUCUCCAGGCUCGCAUCGAGGCUCUGCAGGCCGAUAACGACUUCAGCAAUGAGAGGCUCGCUGCUCUGCAGGUUCGGUUAGAACAGCUACAAGAGAAAAGCAUAAAAGAGAACAACAGCCUGGAUGUGGACAUUGACUCCAUUGGACCCGUAGAGGAGCCUGUGGAGGACAAACAGAGCCAGGAGACACCUGAGAGCCACGAGGAAGACGAGGAUGAGGACGAUACAGACACUGAUGAUGGUGCUGUCGGUGAAGAUGAAGAUAUUGAUGACAACUGUCACGUUAACAACAGCGGAGGAGACUCGACUAGAAUCCAACAGUUGAUUGAGUGUCCGCCGGUGAAACAGCUGAAGGAGACUGUUAGUUCUUCAAUCCACAAACUGGCCAACUUUGAUGAAGUGUUGGACGCACACCUACAAAACAACCAGACUGGAGAGGACGACAUCCUGGCCAGCCCCGAUCGACUCAAAGGGAAUCAGAUGGAUGCCAAAGAGUCAGACAUGUCAGACACUCUGAGUCCCAGCAAAGAUCGCAGCAGUGACGACACGUCAGACGGCAACAUGGACGACCAGGAGCUGAAUGAUCCACAGAACACUGUAGCUCUGCUCAAAGCUGAGUUGCAUCGGGUUGGUCUCGAGCCCGGAGACACGGAGCAGGUCAUCCACCAUCUCCACAGAGAGCUUCUGGAGGCCCAGGAACUAGCCAACACCGGAAAGCAGAAAUGUCAGGAGCUACAAGCUCUGUUGGAGGAGGACAGGAGGAGUAACUCUCAGAUGACUGAAGAGUCGACCAAACAGAUCCAGUACCUGCAGACUCAGCUCGGGAAGCUGCAGGCCGACAUGGAGGCUUUGAGGGAGCAGAGAGAGAGCACCAUCUGCAGCACCAGAGAAGAGCUCUACUCCGCCCAGGAGGAGAUCAUCGUUCUGCGGCACGCCAUGGAGACAGCCACGGCGGAGCGGGAGCGGGAGAUCGCCGCCCUGCAGGCCGACCUGGGCGGUGUGCGCGUUGAGCUGGACCACUGGAAGAACACUGCCGCCAAGUACGAGGAGGAGAUCAGUCGACUUCAGGAGGCCUUCACCCAGCAGCAAAAACAGCAGAACACUGCCAACCAGCUGCAGGUGGAGUGUGGUACGUUGCAGCAGCGCUGUGUGUGUUUGCAGCAGGACUGUGACGGCCUGAAAGAUGAGAGGAAAUCCCUCACAGACAAACUGCACCACCUGGAGGCUGAGCUGAGCAGCACCAGGGAACAGAGUCUGGUCCUCAGCAGCUCUCUGGAGUCUCUGGAGAAGAGGGAGGAGGUUCUGCAGGACAAACUGGGUUCUCUGGAGAACCAGCACCUGCAGGACGCAGGCAGGCUGAAGAGCCAGCUGGACCAGGCCCAGGCCCGCACACACACACUGCAGACAGAGUAUGAAGUCACACAGUCUCAGCUGUUGGACCUCCGUCAGCGACAUGAGCGAACAGAGCAGGAGAAGCUGAACAUCCACCAGGAGCUGGAGCAGUGCAAGAGCAGCCUGAAGCUACUGCAGGACAAAGCCAGCUCCCCAUCCAUAUUGCAGCCUGUCCAAGCCAUAUUCAUGGGCCUUGUCCUGGCUCUGCUCUACUGGUGUUUCGGCCAGUUGUGGUAGAAAGAGCGGCUGGAGUCCCUGGAUGCCGGUCAUCGCAGUGAUGGUCGCUGUGACGGCAGCCGUCCUCUACCCCAACCUCUCCAAGAGCAGCUCCACUUAGGACACAUGGACACAGACACACACACACACACACACACACACACACACACACACACACACACACACAGGGCGCUGUGAGGAGAGCAUCACUGCUUUACUUGUAUAAAGUUAAAUUGUACAUAAUUGUAGAGGGAAUAUAAAGGUUGUGGUUUCUACAGAAGAUUCAGAAGCUUCUCGGUUUAUUUUGUUGUUUUUUUUUUUUUUUGUUGGGGUUCUGUAUUGUUUUUUUUUGUUUGUUGGUUUUUCUGCAAGCGGGAGUUUCGUUGUCGUUUUUAUUCUCGGCUCUCUCAGCUGUGGUGGGGGCUUUUAUUUUUUGGUUUUCGUCUUUCUGCUGAUUUCUAGGUAACAAAUCGUUCUGCAGCAGAUCUGAGCUUCCACACGAACGGCCCGAGGUGACGUUCACACACACACACACACGCUCCCCCGCCCGGUUGUAAACGGAACAGGGUGGAGGAACCAAGCACUUCCCAGCGGCCUCGGGGCAGUCGAGGGGAACCACUUCCACAUUUACCUCAGAAACUGGUUCAUUGGCUCUCAGCGUGUUUAACUGCAGCUCUGCCCGUUUCAUCAACACUGACAUAUUUUAAUAUUAAGUCGCUCCACACGUUUUUUUUUAACAGCUUUAUAUGUUGACAUCAAAAAGGAGUUUUAAUAACUAAAAGUUCAUAUUGUUGAAACAUGGUGUGUAUUGAUAAUAAAGUUGGUUUGUGUCAGAUGAUCACAAAUCCACUGACACCGGGGCUGCCACCUUUUUAUUCACUGUUAAAAAGUCAAUCUGUAAAUAUCUGACACUUCCCCGUCACUGGCUUCAGAUCAGAUUUGACCUAAUAAAACAGAGUCUGGUGUUUUCAGACGUCUGGUUUCAUCUGAACACAAAGAGGUCGAACUCACUGUCGUCCGUGAUGAAGAAGAGCUGUAGACGAGUCAUUCACCUGAGUCUGCUGGAAAGUGUUGGUCACGCCGCGGCCGCUUCAGGAAGUCCAGCUCUGCUCUGGUUCCCGUCGGCCAUGUUGGAUGUUGAACGUGGCGUUUUCUGUUUUCUCUUUGUUUUGUUUGGGGAGUUUUUGGGGUCGGGGGUUUAAACUUGAAGCCAAAUUAUUAAAAAAUAAAAGUCAGAUUGAUUUUCUUUAUUGGCGACACAGUAAAAGGGGUCAAAGUGCCUCUGAUGUGACUUACUAACACCACAGUUUGUGUAUUUGUGCGGCAAACACUACCACACACACACACUUGCGUAGUGUCUGAGGUGUGUCUGUUGUUUGGAGAGAAGAUGGACACUGACCUUCCUUCUCCUGGACUCAUGACCUUCACAGUGGAACCUUGAUAACUGUCUCUUUAGGACCAUGUUGGUUCAGCUCUGGUUCAAACUCAACAACUUCUGGAUGGAUUCAAAUUCGCUUCCCUGAAGAUUAAUCCCAUUGACUUUUGUUGUAGCGCCACCAUGUGGUCAAGAUAUGUUCGAGUCCCACAUUUAAGUUAGUGAGAGGAAAGCUGUUUACGAUACCCAGUUAUAUUAAUAAUUUACUGUUGCUCACCUUAAUGCAUCGUGUUUUUUCAAUCAGGAUGCUGCCACCUUUUAAUCCUACUGCCAAUUCGUCCUGGUGGUCAGUCACCGUACUGCACCACAAAGGUUUUUUUGCACUACAGUCUGUCCCCCCCCCCCCAAAAAAAUAGACAAAUCUUUGGUUAAUGUGCGUUGAAAUCAAUUUUCAGUCAAAUGAGAAGCAGCCUCCUGUGAGCUCAGAGUUUAGGUUUAACUAUCGACCCACCGUGUUGAUCUAUAUCCCCCUAAAACAUUUGCUUUCGAAAAUCUAGUUUAAAUCCUAAAUUUUCCCAAACCAAUGUUUGCCAUCGCUGCACAUCCUGACACUUUACCACUGUCAGCUGUCGAUCUGCGGGGGGGAAACUUCUCUGGCAGGAGAUGUGCGUCAUGUUUCCUCAUGUACACGCAAAACCUGCAAAACCUUUGUUCCACAGAGCAAAUGGUGGCCAAACGUUGCAGGGUCCCUGAAUGCAGCACAGAGUCCUGCUGAGUCUGAAGUCCACCAGUGAAGAGCUGAGUGACGAGAUGUCUGCUGACACACCAUCACACCUCAUUCUCCUCCAAUCAGAGUCUAUUUAAUGAUCCAAGACCUAAGUUAUUGAUAAUAAAUAUGAUAAUCUUCUUUAAUUUCCUGUUGCCAGCCUCAUGACUUAUUUACACGACAACAUCCACAUCUCAAACUGGGAAAAACUCUAAACUCUAAAACCAGACCAGAAGUUUAUCAGACCAGUUGAAUGUUUUGAUCCUCACGUCUCCAUCUUCUCUUCAAACACAGUCACACACACUUCAGGCCUCUGCUGAGAUCAUGUGUGUGUCUGUCUGUGUGUGUGUGUGUGUGUGUUGUUCACACUCUGGACUCUUGAGCAGUGUUUGUCAUCAUCUGUGUACUCUGUCUUGUCUCCGUGUUUUAAAAAAAGAUAAAUAAAGAGAGAAAAUACAACGAACAAAUAUUCCUGAUGUUUAAAGAGAAGAACACUACAGAACAGUACAGAGAGAGAAUUGUAAAAUAAAAAUGUUAUUGAAAUGACGUGCUACUAGACUUAUUUUGUUAAAAUUGUUUAGAGAUAUGAGAGGGAGCUGUGUAGAGGAUAUGAUUCAGAUGAUGUGUUUAAUAUGCAGAGCGACGUUUGGAUUAAAGUUGUAGCAAGCUGACCCACCA